AAAGUUUCACUUAUUACGGCUACCUGUUGCGCUACCUCCACCUUGUUGCUCAGGUGCAUGAACUGCUGAAAACAACUUCCCAAAGACAAAAAGUGGAUUCAAAAACGUUUAUGGACGAGAUGUAGCUACUUGUUUAAUGUCAAGAAGUAGUUAAAGCUGGUACGUUGAAGAACCGCCAAUUAUCUUGAAGACAUGUCUGUCGGCAGCGCGGGCGGCGUAAGAGACACCUCGGGGCCUGGAAGCCACAAGCGAGGACCGAGCCUGACGAGCAGCCAAAGGUCUUCCUUCUACGAGGAGCGCUGCGUGGACCCUGUAGAACCAGAGCUCCAGAAGCUGAGCACAGGCCAGCAGAAAGAUGCAAACGGGCAGCAGUCAGAGACAACAUGUUUUAUCGCUUCUUCAGCUGGGCCUCCCUCCGCCAAUCAAACCUGCAAUCCCUGCACUUCCCAGAGGGCCUGCGGGACCUUUAUGUGCAGAGUCUUGACCUGCGGCCUUUAUAGAGUGUGUAUGCGUGUCCCGUGUUUGGCGCCUAAAGAGAACGCGGUAGAAGAGCCAGAAAAGCUGAGCCUCCGAGCUGAGAAUCCGUUAGACAAGCAAGAAGAGGACGACGACUGGCUGGGGGAAGUCUGCAUUAAUGGAGUGAAAGUAGACAGUCCAAGAGAAUAUUUAGUAACUGAAGCUGUAACGUACGUGCCUCAAACGCAGCCCCGCCAUCCAUCCCUGCAGGACUGUAUAAUGCUCGACGACUGGGAGGACGGCGAGGAGGACGUGGACUCGCUGAUUAGGAAGAAGCUGCUGGAGCUUUACACCGAGUAUCAGAUCGGAGAGUUGGCCCGGUGCACAUCAGACUCUGUGUUCCUACGCAGGAGCAAGGACAUCAAUCUGCUCAUCAACACGCUGGCCGAGGAGCAUCAAAUGGACGAGCAGGAGGCCGAGUGCCGGCUGGUGCGCGGCAUCAUCCGCAUCAGCACGCGCAGGAGCAAGAAGAAAAAGAGGCCGCACGUCUCCCGCACGGAGAAAACGCUGUCAGAUAGCGGCAACGAGACCAUGAGGGAGAGCAGCUCUUUUACGUUCAGCAACAACAAUGACUACAAAUCCGAUCCUAGCAUCCAAAUAUCAGAACUGAGUCCCUCUGACACGUGUGCCAGGGAAAUAUGGAAGAACAAUAGCGGUCGUACCUCCAGCUCGUCAAUAACCUACUCCCCCUCCCACACAGAGACAAACUCGUCAGGCGUCCCACUCAUCAGCACUUCUGUCAGAACAUGACGCGCUUUUCAUAUAUACGUUUUUAUUUCUCUUUCAAGGGGCCACGCGUGUUAAGGACGUCCGCCAACUCAGGGCUCUCAUUGUUUCAAUAUUUAUGUUCAUUUUUUGUUAAUAUGUGAUUUAUUAUAUGCAUAAUUCUGCUUCACUCGCAGCUUUUGAUGAUUUUAAUAAAUCACAAGUAUCUUGUCGAAACCAGAAUUGUGCCAUCUUACUGUUUUUUUUAAUGUAUACGUUUUCAUUCGUAAUUAUCCAUCUCAUCAUAAAUGAGGCAAAUGCAUUCUGAAAUCCCACAAGCGGGUUCAUGUGGGAAGUUGUCCAUAUGCCACUUUGUGCUCUCUUAUCUGCAUAGGUCCACAGUAAGCUUGUGCUUACUGUGGACCUAUGCAGAUAGCACCGAUUCCUCUCAAGUGCCAUCUCUCGAUUUUGGAUUCCUUGCAAAAUCCUUAUGUGCACUAUAGCUGGCGCUUACUGUGGACCUAUGCGCUCAGAUAUAACUAAUAAUUGCAUUCGCGAAUGGAUUGUGUAAAUAUGUAGAUUGCACAAAUUCUCUCCCCUCACUUGCCCUAUGGUGCUAUCUCUCGAUUUUGGAUUCCUUGCAUCAAAUUAACUACAUUUAGUCAUGGAUUGGAUGUUAAAGUGAUACUGUGUUUGUUUUUUAAUGAAGUGGUUUACAAAAUAAAGCCAGUGAGGCUUCC